UCAUUCGAUGUUUUCUUUACUUUCGUAUACACCGGUAGUUGGCGCUUCCAAGCCAAACACAACGCAUUCUCAACGUUAAAUUUGCCGGCAUUUUUCACAAAUAAAUUCAAUAAAAACAACACAACAAUGAAGCUAGUAAGGUUUCUUAUGAAAUUGAGCCAUGAAACAGUGACUAUGGAGCUAAAAAACGGCACACAAGUACAUGGCACAAUCACAGGUGUUGAUGUUGCAAUGAAUACACAUUUGAAAGCAGUCAAAAUGACUGUUAAGAAUAGAAAUCCAGUCACUUUGGAUACAUUAACAGUGCGAGGCAAUAACAUCCGCUAUUAUAUCCUGCCUGAUAGCUUGCCGUUGGAAACGUUGUUGAUAGAUGACACACCAAAAGCCAAGGCCAAAAAGAAGGAGUCUGCUCGCGGGGCGGCAAGGGGGCGAGGCAGAGGCAGGGGUGGACGUGGAGGUCCGCGUGGUCGUGGAAGAGGUCGGGCACGCCGUUAAGUGUGCACACACAGGGUUCGCGACCUUCGGUUUAUUCAUACUACAUUCAUUAUUUUUUAAGUUAAGGAAUACAAAUAGAAUAUGUGUUUGUAAGAGGCAGGAUGCUGAUCUAAGUUUAUUUUUGGCAUUUACAUCUGAACUAAUGCAGAGUGCAUGUGAUUUUAUAUCAAUUAUGUAAUAAAAUCAAAUGAAAUCGGAAAUAA